GAAAGCGUUGCAGAUCUUUCUUACACGAAAACAUAGGAAAGUGGAGGGGUACUAGCAGUCCAUAUUUAUAUAGUCAAAGUACACAGCGCUAUAGAACUUACGAAUCAGAAUCUGAAAACUCAAGUUCUGAUGACGAGUGGGUGUUGUAUCAACAAAAGAAAAAACGUAAACUUCGCUUGCGAAUUCCAAAUUACAUUAAUGUUGUAAAUAGUUACAUGGGACACGAAUUUAAAAGUCAUUUUAGAAUGUCAAGAGCGACGUUUGAAUGUCUUUUAGAAAUGCUUCUACCUUAUUUAAUAAGAAAAAUAAAAGGAUGUCCAAUGAUCCCACCUGAUCAUCAAUUAAUGAUUGCUAUUUGGAAAAUGGCAACCAUGGACUCCUACAGCUAAUGAAAAAUUAAAAAUAAUGAAUAAAACUUUUAAUUUACAACAAAAACAUUUUUUGAUAAAUUUCUUCCUUAAAGAUCUGUUUGCGACCGAUUUAAUGUUGGAAGAGCAACUGCACUUCGAGGUGUACGAAGAGUCACACAUGGACUUUUCUUAAAAUCUUCCACAUUUAUUAAAUGGCCUACUGGUGAUCUAGCUAUAAAGGUUAUGCGAGGAUUCGAGGAAAGCAGUAGCUUUCCAAAAACUGUUGGGGCCAUAGAUGGUACCCAUAUUCGGAUUGAUGCGCCAAAAGAAAACUCUGUCGAUUAUAUCAACCGUAAAGGCUUUCAUUCUAUACAGUUACAGUUGGUGUGUGAUCACAGAACGUUGAUCACACACUGUUAUGCUGGCCAUCUGGGCUCAGUCCAUGAUCAACGAGUUUUUCGUCAAUCAGAGAGACAAUGGACACCUCACAGCGAAACAGAUUAAUUACAAUUAUCGCUUGUCAGCAGCCAGAGUGACAGUCGAAAGAUGCAUCGGUCUCUUAAAAGGGCGUAUGAGGAGUUUAUUACAUUGUCUACCUAUGUCAAGAGUAGACCUAAUGGCGGAAUAUGUGAUUGCAUGCUGUGUGAUCCACAAUAUUUGUACAUUAAGAAGUGAUGAAAUUGAAGUAAUCACCAUACUUCCAACUUCAUCAAAAUAUGACAGAAAUCAAGGAAUUAUUUUGCCUCCAGGAAACCAAAAUGCUGGUGGAAUUGCCAAAAGAAAUUUAAUUAUGAAUUCUUUACAGUUAUAAGUUUACAAAUUUAUAAAAAUACACUUAAAAUUAUUAUAAUAAAAAAAUAAAAUUGUUUCAUUUUUUAAC